AUGAGUCUUCUUCUUCUUCUUCUUCUUCUUCUUCUUCUUCUUCUUCUUCCCCCUGCUAUGGUAAUAGUUGUUGGUUUUUCUCCUCUUUCUUUACUUCUUUCCUUUUUUUUCUUCUUUCUUUCCUUCCUUUUUUCCUUCCUUCUUUCUUUCUUUCUUUCUUCUACUCCUUUCUUUCUUUCUUUCUUCUUUCUUUUUAUCUUUCUCCUCCUCCUUUCUUUCUUUCUCCUCCUCCUUCUUUCUUUCUCCUUUCUUUCUUUCUCCUCCUCCUUUUUUUCUUUCUCCUUUCUUUCUUUCUCUUCCUCCUUUCUCUUCCUCCUUUCUUUCUUUUUCUUCUCCUUUCUUUCUUUCUCUUCCUCCUUUCUUUCUCUUCCUCCUUUUUCUUUUCCCUUCUUUCUUUCUUUUUCUUUCUUUCUUUCUUUUCCUUUCUUUCUUCUCCUUUCUUUCUUUCUUCUCGUUCUUUCUUUCUUUCUUUCUUUCUUUCUUUCUUUCUUUCUUUCUUUCUUUCUUCUUCUUUCUUUUUGUCUUUCUCCCCCUCCUUUCUUUCUCUUCCUCCUUUCUCUUCCUACUUUCUUUCUUUCUCUUCCUUUCUCUUCCUUCUUUCUUUUCUUUCUCCUUUCUUUCUUUCUCUUCCUCCUUUCUUUCUUUCUCUUCCUCCUUUCUUUCUUUCUCUUCCUCCUUUCUUUCUUUCUAUUCCUCCUUUCUUUCUUUCUAUUCCUCCUUUCUUUCUCUUACCCUUUCUUUCUUUUCCUUUCUUUCUUUCUUUCUUUCUUUUCCUUCUUUCUUCUCCUUUCUUUCUUCUCCUCCUUUCUUUCUCUCUUCUCCUUUCUUCUUCUUUUUUCGACUUUAUUUCUUCUCCUUUCUUUCCUUCCUUCCUCCCCAUCUUCACGUACUUCGCAACUACCUAAACUUGAGUUCUCUCUCUCUCUCUUCUGUCUUUCUUCCUCUCAUCUCUCUCUCUCUCUUUUCUUCGUCUCGUCUCUCUCUUCUAUCUUUCUUCCUCUCGUCUCUCUCUCUCUCUCUCUCUCUGUCUUCUUUCUUUCUUCCUCUCGUCUCUCUGUCUUUUUUCUUUCUUCUCGUCUCUCUCUCUUUUCUUCCUCUCGUCUCUCUCUUCUAUCUUUCUUCCUCUCGUCUCUCUCUCUCUCUCUCUCUGUGUUUUUUCUUUCUUCCUCUCGUCUCUCUGUCUUUUUUCUUUCUUCCUCUCGUCUCUCUGUCUUUUUUCUUUCUUCCUCUCGUCUCUCUCUCUCUUCUACCUCUCGUCUUUCUCUCUCUAUUUUCUUCCUCUCGUCUCUCUCUCUCUCUUUUCUUCCUCUCGUCUCUCUCUCUCUCUUCUUUCUUCCUCUCGUCUCUCUCUCUCUCUUCUGUAUUUCUUCCUCACGUCUCUCUCUCUUUUGUCUUUCUUCCUCACGUCUCUCUCUCUCUCUCUCUCUCUUUCUCUCUCUAUGUCGAACGCAAGGCCAAACAUAA